AUGCAGAAUAUAGAAGACAUACACAAUUUUUUGAAAACAGAGUUUGUGGAACACCUCAAAGGGCUGGAUAGAGAUGACCAGAGAGGACUUAUUGACGCAUUCCUUGUCAAGCAAGAGGAGAAAUUGGAUCCCAAUACAUAUUUCCAUGAAAUGAAUUUGCUGAGCACAGUGACAAGUUUAUUUAUGGCUGGGACUGAAACCACCUCGUCCACCAUCCGCUGGGCCCUCUCAUAUAUGAUACAGUACCCUGACAUUCAGAAACGAGUACAUGAGGAAAUUGAUCGAGUGAUUGGAAUGUCUCAGCCACGGAUUGAUCAUCGUAAGAACAUGCCCUACACAAAUGCAGUCAUUCACGAGACACAGAGAUUUGCCAACAUUGUGCCUUUGAAUCUUCCCCGAGAAACUACAAGUGAUUUAACCUUUCAGGGCUACCAUCUACCAAAGGGAACGUACAUUGUUCCUCUUCUAGAAUCUGUGUUAUAUGAUAAAACUCAAUUUGAAAGACCAGAGUUGUUCUAUCCAGAACAUUUCCUUGAUGCACAGGGGGCGUUUGUGAAGAAGGCAGCUUUCAUACCUUUUUCAGCAGGUCGCAGGUCUUGCCCUGGGGAAACACUGGCAAAAAUGGAGCUGUUCCUCUUCUUCACCAGCCUUAUGCAGAAGUUCACAUUUCAUGCUGCCCCUGGAGUAAAAAACUUCAAUGUGAAACCUUCAGUUGGUCUUACAAUUGCACCAGUAGCUCCGAAGAUGUGUUGUGUGCUAAGGUCCUACUGA